AUGGUUCCUCCUCAUACUACUGCUACUCCUACCAAUUACAUUCGUAAUGGCAGUCCCAUGAUCGCUGUUCAUACUUCAUCCUCGAAAAGUAAGAAGAAAUCAUCGUCUUCUUCAAACAGCUCCAAGAGCACUGGUAAGGCUAGCUCUUCCUCAACUUCUUCUACCUCCAUUUCGGGAAUACUCUUUUCAUCUACAACAACAACAUCAAGUAGCGUGUUGGCUUCAUCCUCAUCAUCUCUUACAUCAACACCUUCCAAGAGCUCGACAUCAAGAAUCUCGGAUUCAGCUGUAUCCAAUUCAACAACCUCUCAACAAUUGUUACCUUCCAAACCAGCAUUCAAGUCUUUAACCAACACUCCAUCCAAGAAUGUAUCUACUAACAGCUCUUAUGUAAAUACUCCCUCAACAUCAAGCAGUACCAACAAGUUUAUAACAUUUCCAACAGCAUGCAAGGCAGUUACUUCAACCACAGAGGAAGACGAAGAAGAGGACAGCUCCUCCAAUAGAAUACGAGAAACCAUUAAAAAGUACAAUCGAAUUGAUAACCUUAUGGAGAUGCAAGAUGAAGGCUUGCAGAUAUUGCGCUCCUAUCUUCAACAACGAAAGAAUGAAGAGUAUUUGCUCUAUAUGGAAGCUACUCGGGAAUUUAAAAAGAAAAGACAAGGAGGGUAUUCUAAUGGCGAUGAUUCAACCACACCGUUGUUGGAAGAGUUCCAAAAGAUUUUCACACAAUUUUUAAGCUUUGACAGUAUGACAUGCAUGAAUGUUCCUGCUUGUAUUCGAGAACAAUUUACAACUGUUUGGAAGGAGCUUAAUGAAGUUGGUCAUAACAUGCAAGCAACAACAAUGAAUAGCAACAAUAAGGCACCAUAUAACGAGAAUAGAAAGAGUGGUGUCAGUGACAACAGUGAAAAUCAGGCACAAACACUCUCACCUCGAAGUAAUCAUUCAGCUUCACCACAAGCAUCGAGUCCUUUGACCCCAAUGUCAUCGACAAGCCCAAGCGCAAUUGCAAGCAAUACUUCUGUCAGUGGUAGUAAUUGUCUUUCUUCCAAUUCAAUUUCCCAGGAAUUGGCUCUGAAAAUGAGAAAGUGUUUGGACGACUUGUUCAUCAAUGUUCAAGUGCAGUUCAAGAAUGAAAUUAUGCCUCAUUUCAAAAAGACUCAAGAAUUUAAAACCUUUGUGCUCGAGAAAUUGAUUGAACUCAGUAAUAAUCAACAACAACAACCACAAGAGAUUCUUUCUCCCUUAAAUUCUCCUUCAACAUUAUCCCCAGGAGAAGUGCUCAUUCAAGAUUUUUUAACACAAAAUGGAGAAUUGGCAGAGUAUUGUAAACCUUUUGCGAAAAAGAAUUUAACCACGAUGGAUCAAAUCAGAAAUUUCACUUCUGACGAUUUUCGAGACAAGAUUGGCAUUAAGAAAAUUGGUCACCUGAAACGCAUUGUUCGACUCACCAAGGAGCAUUUCAUGAAUAAAUCUGAUGAGUCGCUUUAA